AUGCGCUUCCAAUAUUCGUUAUGUAAACCACUGAAUGAAGAAGUUUCGUCAAUAAAAUCGAUGUAUAACUCUGAAUGGAAUUCAUGCAUAGAUAACUUUGAAGACUUAGAUGGUUAUGAAGACAUAUACAGCCACGGAGUAAAUUCGGUUUUCACUACAAAUCAGUUUCACGAGCUUACAUUGCCUGCAAGAACGAUAGGAGAUGAAUAUAUUUGGGUUGCUCCAGGUGUAGAAGAGGAUGCUGUCCACUCAUCUCAAAGACUAUUUGAAAAUUUUAACACUGCUCAAAUAUUCAAUGAAUCCGAAUAUUUUGAGGUUCCUAACUAUUCGAGUAAUAAUAAUAGGGAGUAUUUAGCAAAUUCCCAAGUAAGUAAUCAAAACAAAUAUUCAAAUAUAAAUCAAGCUACAUUAAAUGUAGAUGAGACACUUCCAAUUAACAGUAGUUGUGCAAGAACAUCAUCUGAAAACUCGUCAGUCUCUCACACAUCUACUUUACAUGGAGUUUGGGUGGUUCCAAACAGAAAUAAUGACACUAAUUUAUUAAUAAGCAGAAGUAAAUUGGAAAAUUCGUCAUCUGAUGAUAUUUCUUCUUCUGUGGAGACAAGCAAUUCAGAGAUACGUAGAAGAUUCCACUUUUCGCGUCAGAGGUCGGAUAUAAUGUUGGACGGAACAAGGAUUAAAACGAAUAAUAACUACAAAUAUAAAAAUAAUGAGAUUUCGAUGUUAAUUGCUUCAGGGGGAGCUCCUCUAGGAAGGCUUGAUGAAAUCGGGGGGGUGGAGUGGUAUCCAGAAAGGCAGUCUUGGAAGGUUGUUGGACACACUGGAAUUUCUUGGUGUGUAAGAAGGAAAACGUGGCGUGUUUGGUUCAUUACGUCAGGAGGUACUAGAGCAACCAGAUCCUUUAACCCAAAAGAACAUGGAACAGUUGCUGCUGCACUUAAGGUAGCGAUUGAAUUUCUAGAGAAUAAACGUGCAGAGAAGUCACCAAAUCAAAAAAGUUUAAGGGGUAGAGCACGGCGUUCGAGUUUAUAUUCAAAUAAUUUUGGUGGUAGUUUUUCAAAAUCGAAUAAUCUAUCAUUAAACAAUACUUAUAAAAAUUCAAGCGAUUUAAUCAACUAA